UACCGACAUUUGCCAUUGGGCUGUGGCCAUGCUUUGACCAGAGGAGACGGGCGCUCCUCACAGCCACGGAAGGCUCAUCUGCCCUCAUGGGUAGAGUAAAAUUACCAGGUGCCUAUCGUGUGUACAUCCUGCCUGUGGCAGGUGCUCUGCUGAUGGUGAGUGGCCCCCUGGGAUACCGUGCGACCACCAAGGAAUCAAAGUGCAUGCUGGGAUUUUUCUUCGUCUCCCUGUUGGCGAUCCUUGUUGCUAACAUGGACAUUGGCAUCUGGGUACUGUCCAAUAAAGACAAGAUGCGCUGCUGUGACCCCGCUGCCAUCGAUCAGCUGUUCUUCGGCAUGCUGCAAGUGAUUGGCGUAGUGGGACUCUUGAUCGCAGUCAUGGUCCUUGGGAUCAUCUUGAUUAUGCUGCUGUACUUUGUCAUCAAAUGCCUCCAAAAGACAAAGUGUACCUUUGCCGUGGAACGUGACUAAGUAUGUUUACUUCAUUACUGUACUUAA